UGGCGGAUCCUUCUCGGCAGAUCAAGAUAGAGAGGAACAGGGAAUGGGUGAGGAGGGAGAAGUCGACGCGGCACUGCGCGAGUUAGAAGAGGUGACCGAAUUACAAAUGCAGCAGCUUUGUUCAGGUCAUAGCAUGGACCCUUUCGAGCUCUCGCUCAUUCAAAACCUUCACUCACGGGAAACGCUCCGUGUCUUGCGACGGCUCUUCGGUCUGACGUCCGCGCCCGGCUGUGCCUGGGGAGAGGACCCCGCGCAAGGCUCCAGCAAAUUAGCGUGUCCUGUCUGUCGCCAGCACACUGCGCGUGGGUCCGAGUUCCUAGUUCCGGACUUUCGCUCGCUGACUAGACGAGUCCUCGGGCAAUGCAGCAAAGAUCGACAACGACAACAACAACAACAGCAUUGUCAACAUCAUGAUCCUCCACAACGAGAACAAACUUGCUCUUCUAGUCUUGAAGAUGAAGUUAUGGGUUUUCGAAUUGCAUCCCGCACUGCCAUCCUUGCUUUUUUUUCUAGCAGAAAAGACGCCAGUUAUAAUGUGCUGAAGCAUGUGAUUCCGUGACCUCUAAGAAUGGAGACGAUGAAGGAGAUGGAGUAGCUCCCGCUGUUCUAAUCCGCAAGCCCCAUCAGAAAAAGCAACCUUCGGAACCACACGAACUGCUGAAGCUGUUGCUCUUCGAUGAAGUCCUCUGUCUGCAGACGAGCCCGCUUCUGUUUCACGACGCCCUCCACAUGGCUGGGAAGUUUCUUAGGAGCAAAUUAGCACAUGGACACGCACAACAAAAAGAGCAAGAGCAAGACGCAUUAAGGCUACUUUUUCGCCAUCGUUCGGUAAUGCGUACCGUUGUUGAUACUCACUAG